AUGGAAAAGAAAUUUCAUCAUCAAAGAAGAAGACAAACAAACAACUACGACAACAAAAACAACACCAACAACAAAAACAACAAGCCGGCCGCCUGGACCGCCGGUGUCCGCGAGCGGCCCGCAAGACUGGCGGAGCCAGGCCGCGCAACUGGGAGACCGCUGCCUCCCGGGCUGCGCGGGUCCGAAAGCGCCGUCCGACCGGCCAACCUUUCUCUUGAAGAUGUUUUAAGUGAGAGUAUUUCCUCCGACACCACUCUCCAUAGUGUAGACCAUCGUCGGGAGCUACAUAGUCACCGGAGCUCCAUCUUGGCCACUUUCGCUCACCACGCCCUCGGGCGCAUUAUCCGCAUUGGCUUCAGCAACUUCAGUUUAGUCGGCUUCGUUCAGCCCAUCUUGGGGACUCCAUAA